AUGUUUGAUCCUGAGCAUUGCAGCAAACUUGACCGAACAACUCUUGGUCUCAUAUUCCUGUGUCUUCUUAUUGGACUUCAUGACAUACUGGUAGCACCUGGAGUCAGAGGAAAGGUCAAGAAUCAAGAUAGUGCAAGGAGUUUUUCUUUAGUCUCAGUAUCUACAAGGACACUUCACCCUAAAUCCAUGGUCAGGAAAGAACCUAAUUUUACACAGGUGGAGGUUGCCUCUGUCUACAAAGUAAUAUGUGACAUUUUGUUUGGUUUGGCUGCUGGGUCUUUAAGAUAA